GGGUGUUCAAACGCCAUUUAAGUGCUGUACCUGAACCGGAGACAAGUGGACUUUUCUCAUAGCUUUGCAGCCGAGGGGGAUCUCACAUGCGUUGUCAUAUUAGGGGCAUUCUUGCAACGAGAGGGGUGAUAUAGGCUGCUCUGACGUCUGCAUCAGAUAUUAGCCACUUGCUUUUUUUCCCUCCCCAAUGUGCAUUUCCCCUUCAGUGACUUCAGUGCGCUGAUCUCCAUCAUCAUCUGCAGCACCAACAAGAGGGGAAAGCAAGGAGCGAAUAUUUUUUUUUCUGUUUUUGAGUCCAGCGCUCCCAGCUGAAAGAAAUAAAGGUGUAACGACAUCAGUACGUCUGGUUCCCGUAGCGCCGCUGCUGCAGCUGCAACCAUGCCUCUCGUGCACACUUGGACCGGGAAAUUCCAUCCACCGAUUUGAGACUAUACUUUCUGCCUUAUUGUCGAAAUUUUCGGCAUUUCGUUUUCACAUUUUUAAUUCACUGCCUGCGCUCGUUUUUGAGCAAGAUGUCCGAUCUGUUGGUUUUGGUCGAGGGACUCUGUGACCUGCACGGAUUUCCAUAGCGGGGGGCCAAUUAUUAAGAUUUUUGACACCGAGAAGCCUGCUUGAAGUCGUCGCAUGCGUAGAUGUAGGGUAGUUUAUUCGACAUUCUUCUCCCAUUGCCUGUUUUUAGUUUGUGCAUUUGCUGGAGGGACCCCCUGGCUGGACUGGUUGGGAUAUAGAAACUAGAAAUAAGGAUUUGUGGAGAUGUUGGGUCGUCAAGAAGAUAAAUUAUGUGGAAUUUUCUCAGCUCUGGCAGCUUUGUCCUUCGCAUGCUUUGUUCAAAGCUCCACUGGAAGCACCGGAAUGUCUGUGGCCAAGACUACCGUGGACAAGUUGCUGAAGGGAUAUGACAUCCGUUUAAGGCCCGAUUUUGGAGGUGCUCCAGUCAUUGUUGGGAUGAGCAUCAACAUAGCCAGCAUCGACUCCAUCUCAGAAGUAAACAUGGACUAUACCAUCACAAUGUAUUUCCAGCAAAGUUGGCGAGAUAAACGUUUGGCCUAUGGUGAGCUCAACCUGAACUUGACACUGGAUAACCGUGUCGCAGAUCAGCUUUGGCUCCCAGACACCUACUUCCUUAAUGACAAGAAAUCCUUUCUACAUGGAGUGACAGUAAAAAAUCGGAUGAUCCGACUGCACCCCGAUGGCACCGUCUUGUACGGGCUGAGAAUAACCACCACUGCUGCUUGUAUGAUGGACCUGAGGAGAUACCCUCUUGAUGAACAGAACUGCACUUUGGAAAUUGAAAGCUAUGGAUACACCACAGAUGACAUUGUGUUCUUCUGGCAAGGAGGGGACAGCGCUGUGACGGGUGUCGAUAAGUUAGAGUUACCUCAGUUCUCCAUCGUGGACAUCCGCUUGGUGUCCAAGGAAGUAAGGUUCACGACAGGUUCUUAUCCGAGGCUUUCGCUAAGUUUCAGGAUUAAGAGGAACAUUGGCUAUUUCAUCUUGCAGACAUAUAUGCCCUCUAUCUUGAUCACCAUUUUAUCCUGGGUCUCCUUCUGGAUCAAUUAUGAUGCCUCUGCAGCUCGGGUGGCCCUGGGUGUGACAACGGUGCUCACCAUGACAACAAUUAACACCCACCUUAGGGAGACUCUCCCAAAGAUCCCCUACGUGAAAGCCAUCGACGUCUACCUCAUGGGCUGUUUUGUGUUUGUGUUCCUGGCCCUGCUGGAAUAUGCCUUUGUAAAUUAUGUGUUCUUUGGCCGAGGCCCGGCACAACAGAAGAAAAUCAAUGAAAGGCUGAAUAAAGUCAACAAUGAGCGCACACGAUACGAAGAGAAGCGCCUGAGGGAACAGGACUCCAUUUCCGUGCCGUUUCAAACCAACACCUUCAGGUCAUUUACACAGCGAAGAAAUCUGUAUCUCGAGGAACAAAGAAAAGUUGGGGUGGACGCGUACGGCAACAUUCUCCUCACCACUUUGGAAAUGAACAACGAGGUGAUGCCGUCCGACGUGGGAAGCAGCGUUAGUGACUCUCGGAAUUCCGUCAUGUCCUUCGACAGCUCUGGGGUCCAAUUCAGGAAGCCCAUGACGCCUCGAGAUGGCUUUAGUCACCAUUCGCUGGAUCGGAGCGCUAUGAGGAGCCGGGCCAACUGCCGACUACGGCGGCGCUCAUCCAAGCUCAAGUUGAAAAUCCCAAACCUGUCAGAUGUAAGCACCAUUGACAAGUGGUCCCGGGUCAUAUUCCCUAUCACUUUUGGAUUUUUCAACCUAAUCUACUGGUUGUACUAUGUGAAUUGAUGUGCAUCCCAUUAGGAAUUAUGGGCCAUAUUUUGAGAGCACAUUAAAUUGGCUUUGAUACAGUUCCAAAAUAUGUAUACACAUACAGGUUGAACAUAUGUAUAUGCAUAUUUCUAUACAGUAUAUUAUAUUUAUAUAUACACACGCGAAACCUGAAGGACUUUUCUGUACAAAGUAUUAAUAGGAUGACUUGAAUGUUUUGGGGGAAAAAAUGUGAGAAGCAUUUCAAGGCUUUGAGUUCCUUUUGCCUCCUGAAACAAACAAAUGAACAAAAAAAAAAAAAAAAAGAUCCCCGCAGGGAUUUUUGGAACUACAGACUGCAUGAUAUUUUUGCUACAAAAAGUGGGAAAAUGAAGAGGGGGGAAAAAAAGAAACGUGGGCUCUUAAGGGAGAGAAAAUGCCCCCAUUGACUUUUUAUUGAUUCUCAUUGCAAUCUGCAGCUCAUGAAAUCAGCGGCAGCAUCAGCUGAGCAAGGUCCUUGAACACCUCCCCCAUCUCCCGAUUUUCUCUCCCCAUGUAGCCCUUGGAUACAAAGUGCACGAAAAUCUGUGGUUGGUUCCACCAUGUACAGCAACCUUGUUUGGAAAUAUGUGUUUUUCCUCACUUGUUUUUUUUUUCACUUUACAUUUAUUUGAAGUGGUAGCGUUCUCUUGAUCAGACAUUAAUCACAUGAUGUUUGACCGCCACUUUUGUGCACCAGAGUCAAGGCAAACUUCAAUUUUCAGGUGAUGGGAGGGCGCCGCUAUCCUUAAUGGUUUAUAACAAGUGCUAAUUAUUGUAGAUAGGAUUUGUCUUGGAAAAUACUGUGAUUUCAGAGUGUUGGAAAAUGUUCUAAAGCUAGGGCAUUUGAGAUCAAAGUUACAGUUUUACAUUACUCAUUUUGAUUGUUUGGAGAAAAAUAACAUUGUGUACAUUUUAUCAUUAGGUAUUACCAUGAGAGUAUAUUUGUACUGUUUUAGUUCCUCUUGUUGAUUGAGUUACAUGCUCUAUAGAUGCAGCGUAAAUUGACGCCAUAUCCUGCUUUGUGUUAGCGAAAAAGGAAAUGGUGCAGGGGCAGACUGUAAGGGACUGAUGUGUUGCUUUUUGUGAUUCGUCGGAACAGACCCACAGUAAAUAUGUUCCAGGUAUGUUUUUAUAUUCGACAGAGUUGACGUUUCAGGCCAGAGUUUUAUGUAGUUUUCAUGGUUUGUUAGUUAAGCAUCUUUUCAGUAUUGAAUGUUUUGUUGAACAGCAUAACUGGAAGUCUCACAGACAUGACAGAUGGAUAAAACAUUUCGAAGCUAAACAUACAAACCCACAAGUAUAAUACUGAGCGUGAUUCGAAUAGUUAUUUUUCCUCAAAUUGAAAUGAGUCAAACCUUGUCCUGUAUUGUUUUGUUCUGCUCUUUAAAUGCAAAAUGUAGCCUCUGAUUUUGAUUCAGAGUGGAAAAUAUUCAUUAAUGUCUGCUGUGCUCUGUCCCCACAAAAGACAUUUAAACAGGGGUGAAACAUCUAGAGGGCCUGGACUAUGUAGCAGAAAAUUAUCAUCUCCUUCAAUUGCAUCUGUAGGAGCAUUAGACCCACUAAACACUAUUUUAUGGACAAAGGCAUUGCAACACUUUGAUAUUACACCCGCAGGACAUGAAAUCUAUGUAACAUAUGGAAUCAUUCCCCUUUUUCACUUCAUCUCGAAGGACUUAAUACGCUAUGUCGAAGUGUGUCCCUUCAAUCAGAAGAACAUUUGUGAGGUCAGAGGUCACUGAUGUUGCACCUGAGGGUAGAUGAAGAGGUAUCGCUCAAUACUUGAUUCCAUGUAGUGUUUUAGAAUGAUAUUUCAGGAGACAUAUGGAACAAACAUAGAGAGACAAGACAAAGAUUGGAGACGGAAGAUUAAAAAAUAACGCGAAUUAUGAUAGUACUAUAGUUUUAAGCCCUUAAAAUAUAUAUAUAUUUACAAUUUUUAUUUAUUUAUUUUUUAAGAUAUCCCCCAAGAGCAGAUGCAUGCAGAGGAAGUUCCCAAAAUAAAAUACCGGAUGGCAAACAAUAACAAAAAAGUGAUUUGUGAGGAGUUUGUAGACUAACACUAUUCUUGCUUUCAUGGUGCUUUAUGCUGAUAUAUUCAUCUUGUAAACCAUACUAAUUGUAAAAACUGCAUUUUGAAAAGAGUGUAACUUGAAAGUCUCCCGUAAGAAAUUCCCACUCUUAAAAAAUGUGUUUUAUCUAACAUAAUGUCAUUAAUGAUUAUAAUAAUUGAAUUAAUGCCCAACAUAAUAUAUAGAUUAAUUUUUUUUAUUUUUUUUUAUUUUUGUACUAAUUGUAAAGACUGCAUUUUGAAGAGAGGGUAACUUGAAAGUCUCCCGUAAGAAAUUCCCACUCUUAAAAACAUGUGUUUUAUCUAACAUAAUGUCAUUAAUGAUUAUAAUAAUAGAAUUAAUGCCCAACAUAAUAUAUUGAUCAUUUUUGUUCAAGCAGCAAAUAAGAUAAACAUUUUUCCUAGCAUAUGUCAAAUUUAACAUAAUCAUUACAGGCAUGCACAACCAUGUAAAUUCUUUCAGGUGACCAUGUUGCUAGUGUGACUGAGCUCUGUAGGCACAGUUUACAUCACAGUUCAGUUCUCUCUACAGAUGCAAUGUAAGAAGAAAAGUAUUUGUGUUUGUAUUUAAAAAUAACUCAAGUAUCAACUGUUCCACUCUCCUUUACAUUAACAAAAGCAGCCCUUGCAUGCUUCACAUGAUAUUCACCUGUCUUGGCUUUCCGGGUGCAGAGUUAGCACAUUCAUCCUAAAAGCUGUGAGAACCUUAUGUUUGAUGAUUAGCUAUUAAUACUUGUGAUUAUACAAGAGAGAGCUUAUACAGUACGUUUCAUUUAACAUGUGUUCAAGGUGUGUGUGUGCGUGGGGGGGGGGGGGUGCUGAUCUGAGUUCAAUGUGAAUUUUUCUUGCCUCUAGUGUAUAUGUGUAAUUACAUGUGAAUUGUGCUGUACAUAUGAUAUCUUUCACUUAAUAUUUCUUAAUGCAUGAACAAAAACAUGGCAGUUCGUAAAUACCAACUAGCCUCACUGCUAAUGGCAUGGACAGCUUCUCUAGCAUUGGCAAACUUCUGCAAAAAAAAAAAAAGAAAAAAGUCAAGUGUUGACAAAAUAAUGGAGAAUUCAACAAGUCCUCUCACAGUGAUGGAGUUUGUGGAGACUGUUGAGGUUAGCCUUUUCCCCUACCUCCCAAGUGCAAAGCGGAUGUUGAAUUAAGGCUUUGGCUCACUGUCAGCAAAUGGGAUGGCGUCAACUUGAAUGAAAUUUUCUAUUUGUACUUGGCCCUAGCCACCACAUCAGAAAAAAGUGUGGGAUUUACAGGAAAUUUCAGCACAGUGUACUUGCAGUGUUUACCUCAACCAUUAACUAAUCACUGAAUCACUUUUUUUUUAAUUUAUACAUAAAUAUGUACAGUAUAUAUUUUUUAGAAAACAAAGGGCAUUAUGGCCAAGCUGGCUUAUAGAGGCUAGAGGAGCAGGAUAUGCCUUAAGAAGGCGAGUGGGAUGUUCUUUCCUGUUCCUCAAAAAGAAAAAAAAAUAGCUGUCAUGUGUGCCCUUGAGCAAGGUACGUAGCCAAGUUGUAGUGCAGCUGCUCCCUCGCCAACAAUAGAACUUAACAUGUGCAGAAGUUAAUAUAUUGAGCUACAGUAUUUCCAAUGUAGUAAUGAGUCCUGUAAAGAUCAGUUUUCACAAUUGAGGCCACAAAGAAAAUAACUAGAAUAAUGUUGUCAUGUCAAAAAUGACGCAAUUGUUACAUUGACGAUUUUUUAAAAAUGUAUAAAUCAGGUUAUACCAUUAAACGCAGGUACUGUACUCGUGGAAAAGACACGCUACGACAAACGAGGCGGUUAGUGUAGUUCUCUCUCAGGAACACACAUUACACUGUUCAUAUUAAUGAUAUCUAUGAAGAUAUAGGUUUAAUGGUAAGAUUCUAGGCAGUCAUCAUGAUGCAAAUCACGCGGUCCAUUUCAUUUCUGAUUUCUGCAUAGCAAGUUCGCGUCAACUUUCCACCGAGCAAACCGGUUUCGUCAUGCGUCAGAAAGAGGACAAUUGGUUUUGAAGGGAACGUGAAGAAGCCUGCUAAUUGUUGCCAAGGUUUCCCUGCCCUUUUUCCAAAUUGCAAGCCUGUCCACGAAAUUACCAAAUCUGUUCUGUUCCAAAACAGUCCUUGACUUGGUACAGACUUGCACUGGUCUAGAUUUAGAUGGCAUAUGAAAAUAGGACCCUGGGCUAGGACCUUUAACACACCAAAAAGUUAAAAAAUGCAAUUAACCCCUUGAUGCCUAUUGCCACGAAUUAGUGACAUUUCAGAUUAGAUUUAUUUAUACAUUAGUUUAUGAUGUAUUUUCGCCAUCUAUCGCUGUCAAUGGCAGUGAAACGUGACCACUUGAUGCCAGUCAUUCUAGUUGAAAUUGAAAAUUAUAUUUGAUGUCUAUCUCUGUCAAUGGCAUUGAAUGAGUAAAUUAACUCUCAACUUCAGCCAUAGACUUCACAAUGUAUUGAUGGGACGCGGGGCCGAUCAAUAGGGGGCCUGCAUUGUUGGCGAGGCCGUCAAAGCUGACCGAGUGGAAUCACAGACAAAAGCUUUUUUCGUUGAAAAUUCUUUUGAAUAAAUCCUUAAAACCUUGAAUUCUUUAUAGAUAUAAAACAGUCUCGAUUCUUGGUUAAAAUCAACUACAACAACAAACGCGCAGUUAGCAUUUAUUUUACGUAAAUAUGUCAAAGUACAAUGUUAGUCUGUAAGUAAAUGUAGCUAGCGGCCAUCUGAUGUAAACAGAGCUUUUCUGGUGAAAAUUUUUGUGAAGAAAUGCUUAAAUCCCCGAAUUCUUUAUAGAUAUGGACAUAAACAGUCUUGACUCUUGGUUAAAAGCAAAAAAAAAAAAAAAACAUGCAGUUAGCAUUUAUUUUACGUAAGCAUGUAGAAGUACAAUGCUAGUCUGUUAGUGAAUGUAGCUCGCAACCGCCUGGUGUAAACAGAGCUUUUCCGGUGAAAAUUCUUGUGAAAAAAAAUACUUAAAUCCCCGAAUUCUUUAUAGAUAUGGAUGUAAACAGUCUCGAUUCUUGGUUAAAAACAAAACAAAACAAAAAAAUGUGGAGUGAGCAUUUAUUUUACGUAAAUAUUGUGAACUAAGAUGCCAAUGCAGUAGUGGCUAAUUUCUCCCAUUGAUUUUUUCCCCCACAUUUCAAAAUGCAAUGUAUGGUACGAAAAAUAUUAUAUAAUAACUACCUUGAAUCCUCGAACAAAUCACUCCUGAGACAAUCCUUCCUGUGUGUAUGCGGUACAGCUUUCGUACUUUAUCAACAAAAAUCCGGCAUUAGAUCGCUGCAUGCUCGUGUCUGUGAAUAGUUCCUCUUGAUGUGGGCGGCCCCCUACUUGAAUGCGAGGCGCAGCGCAUGACCGAUCUGACCCGUCAAUACAUUAUUAAGUCUAUGCUUCAUUACUCACAAGUGAAAGGUUUUUAUAUCUAAUUUUUUAAUGAGGUGUCAAGGGGUUAUAUUAAGAACACAUUAAAAACAAAAACAAAAAAAGUUUUCUUAAUGGAUUGCAAUCAUCCACUCAUAAUCAGCUGAGAGUACCCUUUAAAACCAGCACGACUAGAAAUAAAGCAGGAAAAUUUCAUCCACCAAAGCCCAGACCAAGGCUGACAUGCAGACUUCUCACUGUUGGAAGAACUUCAGUUGGUGCAUUCAUUAUUUUGUGUACACCACAAUUUUGUUGUGCAUGACUUGACCUCUUAGAAGGUUUAUUUUCUUGACCUAGUCCUCAUUUUUUUCCCUGCAUCAUUUGAUUCAUCACCACAGGCGGACUAAGAAGAAUCCAGUGUUUACAUGCUCAAAUUGCACUUGUUUUACAGCCAGCUCUAGUAAAUC